UUGGUGAGGAGGGACGCAUUGCUUCGUCGUCCCAAGGGUCAGGUAAAAUUUUACCUCCCCGUUUGUGAAUUGCAAAUACCUUGCGUAACAUUUAACAUUUAUAUUACAGCUGCAUGAACUGGGAUGUCUGCAACAGAUUGGUACGCGCAUAAAGCUCUUGGAGAAGGAGUAUUCUGGAUCCAGGAGAGGUUUUACCAAUCGGGUAACCGAGCCAACAUUUGGCUAAUUCGUGGAUCCCACCAGGACGUCGUGAUAGACACUGGUCUUGGUUUGAGAAGUCUGCCAGAUUAUCUGAAUGCCAAGGGACUGCUUGGAGAGGACCCAGAGCGAAAGAAUCCGUUGCUGGCCAUCGGCACGCACGUCCACUUCGAUCAUUCGGGUGGGCUUCAUCAGUUUCAACAGGUGGGCGUUCACAAGGAGGAGGUCGACGCGAUAGCCAACGGAGACAAUUUCGAGACGGUGACCUGGCUGUCCGACAGCGAAAUUGUACGGGAUCCAACGCCCGGGUGGAGAGCCAGACAGUAUAAAGUCAAGGCUGUGCAACCAACUCAUAUACUGCAAGAAGGUGAUGUCAUCAACCUCGGGGACAGGCAGCUUACGGUGUUGCACAUGCCGGGCCACUCCCGGGGCAGCAUCUGCCUCCACGACAAGGACAACAAGAUGCUGUUCAGCGGGGACGUGGCCUACGACGGCGCCAUGAUCGACUGGCUCCCCUACAGCCGCGUCAGCGACUACGUGCGCAGCUGCCAGAGGCUGGUGGAGCUGGUGGAUGGCGAGCAGGUGGAGCAGGUCCUGCCGGGCCACUUCAACACGUUCGGGUCCAAGCGGCUGCACCAGAUCGCCUCCAACUACAUCGCCGGCGCCGGGGCCUGCCACCGCUUCGCCACGUGCGCCAUUAAGUCCAUCGCCAGCCUCGCCCUGCGGGCGACAAACUCGCACAGUGCCUGCUAGUGGCGGGGAGAGCCAGGGGGCGUGCGCUGGCUCGGGCUCUCGCGCCAUAGCAGGGUCGAGUCUUGCCAAUGUGGCUGACGGCACAGAUCAAAUCACACUGAAUGCUGUUGCUGAAGGAAAUGGGUAUUGGUUAGGAAAAUAAAUGGCAAGUGUGAGUAGGCAAAGCAGACAGACAUUGGCCUUUACCAAGUCUAACCACAGUGUUCUUUGUACUUCCUUUUUCUGCUGGAUUCACUUGCUUACGUCUGCCAAUCAGUAAUUAGGUCUUGGGCAAAGAGUCAAGCCGCGGUAUGGCAUUACAGGUAGAAAACCUGUGUGAAGCCUCAAAUCCCUGCUGGUGCAUUGCUGUUGUGCCCUGAAGCAGAGUCCUCAUGCUGAAGGGCAUCAGUACUGUCCAGUGGUAUGCAUGGAUAGGAUGUAAAAUGUACAUUGUGACCCAUUAUUAAUUCCAUUAAGCAAAUAAAUAAGGUAAAAGUAGCUCUGUGGUUAGGCAGAUUUUAGGCCUUUGUCUUUUUCAUUCAUUAUUGAUGCUUUCUCUAAUGCCCCCUGAAACCCUAAGUAUGAAUGUGGGGUGAGCAGUUUUGCUCAGUGUCUGACAGCAACAGUGCUCUGAUUGGUUACAGGUCAGAACGAGGCCUGUUUUGUGAGGGGCCUCCAAUAUUCUCCUCAUAUGAAUUUCUCAGUUGCAUCUGUAUGUAACCAAUGCAGUACUAUGCAUGAAAUAGUCCAGUGAGUGUCCUCAGGGCUUUACUUGCCUAAAUCAGGUCCUCAGAGCUUUACUUGCCGAACUCUGUUCUAAGGUAGAUGUACAUGUCACAGUUUAAGUGCGGUCCCUCUCUCAGGUAACUUGCCCCAGUAACAUCAAGAGCAUUACAAAUCUUACAGUCAGAGUCAUCAAAGUCCUGAAAUCAAAACAAACCUGUCCUUCAGAAAUUUAAUAAAAAAAGAAGACAAGCGGCUGAGAUUCAAUAACACUUAAAAACGUGUGAAGAUAGCAAAUGAGAACGUUUUGUUUGUACCUAACAGGACUGCUUGCAGCUUCUUUACUGUUGACUUGCGGUGAGGGAGCUUGUGGUUGUGUAACCUAACACUUGACAUUUUGAGUUUAGCUAUCUAUUCCAGAAUAGAUACAAAUAUGAUGAGAUGUACUAUUUGGGCAUAAUGAACAAAUGAGAAAAACAGGCAGGCCCAACACAUACGACUGAACCCAGGCUUUAGGGUGAUCAACAUAUGUUACCUAAUGUAUUUGAUGUGCUUAUUCUUUGGAAGUCACAUUUAAAAAUCUGACGUGAAAAUAUUUGCAUGCCCAAAAGUUGCCAAUUGCUUUCCAGCAGAAAUGGAUCACAGGGUAGUGUCACGGUAAUUGUGUGAUGACCACUUGUAAAUUGUAGUCUCAAAUUGUAAGAAUUGUGCCUGCACAUAGACGGCCCUCCCUCACACCAAGGCAGUUAACGGCACCAGCUUGGCCAAUUAAAAGAGUAACACAAAUGGAAUCCCAUUUGUUCAAAAGGCACACACUAGUACAAGAAUAAUCGAUUGCAUGUUUGGUUGCAACUGAAAUUGCUGUAGCUGUUCUCUGGCAGAUUUGGAAUGUAUGAGCAUGCAAGCGCCAUGGCAAUGUAUGUGUGUGCAUCAGACUGAAAGGCUUUUUUUUCCAUCCUGUAUUCACUGUUGUUUGAGUCAUAACUGUAAUAAGCAUUAUCCUCGCCUGAUUUGAAUCUGAGCAAAACCAUUUUGCCAGGAGAUAUUAUAAUUUCCAGCUCUAAAAUUAUCUUCAAUUUUAUAAGCACUAUUGUAAACACUGCAGCGUACUGUAUACGCACUAAUUCUAGGAACAGUUUCACAGUGUUUCAGUGACAUAUACAGCACUGACUAGCUUAAGUCAGUUAACAUUUAUUCUGUCUGAACACUCAGGCGGUGCGUUUUUUUUUUUCUUUCAGUUGACAGUAACUUUGAUAAAAUGCAGCUGUAAUUGGAUAUGUAGGGCGGAAAAGCAAGUCGUUGUUGCCUUGCGUGAACCUUCGAUAUGGAGAGCUGGAACGUAAAUGACAUUUAUUCCAAAAUUCAAUUCCCAAAUAUGUCCUUAUAUAUUUUGGUAACAAUGUAGCUUCUGACUCUCUUUGUCUUUGUGCGUGUGUGCGUGUGUGCGCGUGUGCGUGUGUGUGUGUGUGUUUGUGUGUAUAGUUUUUUAACAUAGUUUCUGUAGCAAUACCUGCAAAUAUGCAGUGACUAUCCUUAUGUAGGCGACGGCAUGCUGACACAGAACAUACUUCUCCUCAGGUUCCUGAAGUAAGGUUACAGUAUAACAGCUGAAGUGCAGGGCUGGACACAAACAGUUCCACUUGCAUCUUCAUGGAUGAAGGAGUUUCUUACCUCACAAUGCCACGACUGCAUCAUGAUUCUACUGCACAUGCUGGAUCUGAGGUGUGUAAAUACAGGAAAUGCACUUUACACCACUGUCUCGCUUACACUUUGCGGUGUAAGGCAACAACCGCCUAUUCCUCUGAUUAACUGUUUUUAUUAUUUACAACACGGAUAAAUGUGACUCGCACAGAAACACCGCAGCCUUUCCUGGUGUAUUUCAUUUUGACUUAGUUGAGCGGAGAAGUGCAUUUCACUGGAACAUACAUCUACUAGAAAUAAAAUGAUUUCGCACCACCUUCUGUAACUUUUUUCUCUCUAUUAUUUAGUUGUAUUAUUUAAUGCGCAAUAAUUGAAUGAUCAUUCUAUAAAGCCAUUUUCAGCACUCUGGUGUAGCAGCUAUUGUUCUAAAGUUACUCACCAAUUAAAAGAAUCAGCUGUGCUGGUUAACACUUGUAACACCUUAAUACAGU